AUGCUUCUCCGGUAUAGAAGUAGUCUCUUCUCUGCCAUUGGCGCUCUCUUCAUCCUUUGGACAUUGUUAAGAAAUCACGGAAAGAUUGUAAGCCAUGUGGUUGAACAGUAUAAAGGUACAGUGGUAACGGAAACUGUGAAAGGGUCAGGUUUUGAACAAGUACCUACGAUUCAGAUUAUCGAUCCUCUGGUAGUUGAAAUCCCAAAACCACAAGAAUACUUUUUUCAAGCUCCACCAAAAGUUCCAAUUGGUCCGCCGACCCUCAUCAAACCUACGAUUGUGAGCAGCAGAGUCACUAUUCAUUUGUCAAUACAAAACCUCGAGGCCACGAUAACAGAAAUAUCCUCUUCAGGAUUCUCAACUUCAACUGCAACGUCCAUCAUUCAGGAUGAGUUCGUGAAAGAGAACGCGAUACUUGGGCAGGAACCAAGUGCGGGCCAAAUUUAUGGGAACACCCUGAAUGGAGUUGUAGGAGCGGGCUCGCAUACCGAAUCUCACUUAUCUGUCCUCAAUGAGAUUGAUGUCUGGAAAUCGUAUAGCAAAUCGAAACCACUUGAAUAUAACCCAUAUCCCGACUAUAAUAGUGAAGUUUGGAAGUCAAAGAACAAAGGAGACUAUGUGCCAUGCGAUGGAGCAGAUGGGCCAAUCAAAAAUAUCUUGGCGUUCUCAGGACAUCCGAAAGUCUUCGAAGAACCGCAGAUGGGAUCAUUCUCGCUCUUUGAUAUCGACAGUAACUUAUGCUUCGAGAGAGAAACUAGGCUCGGUUUAUACGGCUACGCGGAAAGUUUUGUAGAGUCAAUCGGCACUGGCCCACUUGUUGGGACAAUCCAGAAUAAACGCGAUGUGCCUACGAGAAUACAGUGGGAUGACAUUAACUGGGGAUCACUUCAAACUCAAUGUGUUGAAAAGAACACGAACCGAUACCUAGUUUCCGAGACUUCCCAUCCAUCCAAUGAAGAAAUCAUGAUUCCUGCUCAAAAUGCAUCGUUGGCAUGGUAUAAUUCGAAGGCAAAAGAAACCAAUACCAAGAAAAGAGUACUUGGCACUAUCGUUAAUCGAAAGCAGAAUGAUGAAGAUGAGCCGAAAGAUCAUUUCGUUCAGGCACAACUAUCAAAGGCAGCCAUAGCUGCAAUCGAUUCCAAACAGCCCUUUAAAUCACGUACAGCAAUUAUGCUUCGAUCCUACUCUGGAAAGAAGUGGAACGACAAUGACAAGCAAAAUGUUCGCUCGCUUAUUACAGAGCUAGCUUUGAAAUCUGGAGGGGAGUACGAGGUUUUCUUGCUCGUACAUAUCAGAAACAGUACCAUUGCCAUUGAGAACGACGCAGACUACAUCGAAGCUCUCCAGAAAAAUGUCCCCACAGAAUUUCAUGACAUCGCGGUGCUUUGGAACGAAGCUUACGUACAGGGGUUUUACCCACUCAUCCCGAAAAAGGUUACUAACGUACAUCAAUCUCAAUGGCUCCCCGUUCAGAUAUUCGCACUUGAUUAUCCACAGUUUGACUUCUAUUGGAAUUGGGAAAUGGACACUCGAUAUACUGGCAAUCAUUAUGAUCUUCUCGAGAGGCUCAUAAACUUCGGAAUAGACCAACCAAGAAAAUAUUUAUGGGAACGGAAUGAACGAUAUUAUAUUCCAUCGAUACAUGGUUCCUACAAUACUGAGUUCCGCAAGUCGGUUGAAAUUCUCUCGGGUAAAGAUACGAUAUGGGCUCCACCGAAAAUUGCAAAUGUUAUUCCCACCGGUCCAUCGCCGCCUGUUUCAGACCCAGCACACGAUAAUUAUGAAUGGGGCGUUGGCGAAGCGGCAGACUAUAUAUCUGUUGCACCAAUGUUUAAUCCAAAUGGCACUGGAUGGGUUGGAAGAAACGAUGUCUGGGGAUUUGAUGGAUGUAAUGAUACUCCUCGUCGUACAACCAUCAUCACACAUUCAAUGUGUAGUAAGAAGUUGCUGGAUGCUAUGCAUACUGAAAAUCUUAAAGGGAAUCAUGUCAGCAGCGAAAUGACACCUCAGACUGUUGCUCUACUUCAUGGAUUGAAAGCAGUGUAUGCACCUCUUCCAAUAUUCUUUGACAGGGCUUGGAAUGGUACUAGCUUAAAUAAAUGGUUCAACCCUGGACCAAAAGGAGAGAGCGGUAUUUCAUCAGACAGUCCAUACGGUUGGGGUAAGGAGAAAAGAUUCCUGGGAAUGACAUGGUAUUACAGGGCCAUUCCACCAGGUCGGCUGUAUAAUAAUUGGAUGGGAUGGGCGGAUCAUGGAAUUGGUGGGGUUGAGUGGGAGAAAAUACAUGGCAGGCCAUGUCUUCCCCCACUUUUACUUCAUCCUGUCAAAAAUACAGAGAAUACGAAGCCAGGUUAUUCUACGAAAUACAAUUUCCCUUGA